AUGAGACUGGAUAGCAAGGACACCAACCAAUAUGAUGUCAGGGAAGGAAACUGCAAGGAAGGAGAGACAAAACAUGGAGGCCACAAGAAUGGGAGGAAAGGAGGCAUUUCUGGAAGUUCAUUGUUCACAUGGUUUAUGGUCAUUGCAUUACUCGGAGUCUGGAUGUCAGUAGCUGUCAUUUGGUUUGAACUGGUUGAUUAUGAGGAAGUUUUAGGAAAACUGGAAGUUUAUGAUGCCAAUGGUGAUGGAGAUUUUGAUGUGGAAGAUGCCAAGGUUUUAUUAGACUUCAAAGAAAGAUGUGCUUCAGAGCCAAAUGAGCUGCCAGAUGAGACCAAGCAAUACCCUUGGCUGGAAGAGCCAAUUCCUGAGAGCAGAGGAAAUGUCCUGCUACAAGAAGAUGAUGAACCAACAAGGGAACAGGAACCAGAAGAUAAUUUCCUCAGAGCGAGUACCGCAGAUGAUAACUUUGAGGCCCCAGACACUGCACCCUUUUAUGAAGAUGAAAUUAGUUACCAAGUAGAAGAUGACACAGCAAUAUCAGACUACAAUCAGAAUGUAGACAAAGCAAUGUAUGAACAAGAAAAUCCAGAUGCCAGUGAACACUUAGGCACUAAGGAUGAACGAAUACUUCAAGAUGCAUAUAUACAUGUCAAUUCAUGUACAUAG